AUGUCGGACGCCUUAUACAAUGAUUACAAGAACAAUUGCUAUGAAUAUAUGAAGACAGUAUCGUAUACUGAGAAGAUAAUAAAGGAUAACAACUCAGAUCAGAACAAGUUACUAAAUAUUUAUGAAAAAGCAAUAAAUAGUGCCGAAAAUAUGUUUAAGCGAAUGCAGCUUGAGGUAGAGACAAAUACAAUGAUAACAAACAAAUAUGAUGAACUGAAUGAUAUACAAAAAGAAAUUACGGAAUAUAAAGUAAAAUUAAAAAAAUUUAAAGAAGAAUUCUUCGAAAGAGAUAAAAUAAAUAUAGAAAUGACAAACAAUUAUGAUGACCGUAUACUGUUACUAAGUGAUGUAGACAUAUUAGAAAAAGGGGAUGUGUAUAUCAAUCAAUCCAAAAUUUUAAUGAGCAAUACAGAAUAUAUUAGUAAUGAUGUUAUGAAUAAUUUAAAUAAACAAAGAGAAUAUAUAAAAAAAAAUUUAUCCAAUAUUUCUUUUAUAUCAGAUAAAUUAAAUGAUGCUAAAAAAAUUAUGAAAAAUUUAAAAAAUAAAGAUCUUUUUAAUAAAUAUAGAUUAUAUAUUAUAUUUAUUUUUAUAAUUCUAACCUUUUCUUUAAUUACUUGUAUAAAAUACAACAGGUAUAUAAAAAGCACCGAACGUUCUACUGUUCAACCAGAGGGAAAGCCUACAACACAUUUUAUCGGUAGCAGAAAUGAACUGAAAAUUUUUAACGAUAAAAAGGGAGACAGCGAAGGCAAUAUAAGCAGUGUUAGCAAUGCAAGCGGCAUGCAAAAUGUGAGCAAUGGAAGAAACAUGGAAAAUGUAAACAAUGUAAGCGGCUUGGAAAACGUUAGCAGUGUAAGCGGCUUGGAAAACGUUAGCAAUGAGAGCAACGCAAAAAAUGAGUUCCAUCAAAUGCAUACGAUGGAUGAAACAAAUAGUAUCGUAUACGAUUUUGUUGAGAAAAAGGACACACAGAAACAUAUCAAAGGGGGAAAUGCCAUUGACACAAUAUCGUCAAGUGAUAAAAAUAGUAUUGAUCAUGAGCUUUUAUUUGAAUCAAAUAAAGGGGAAGAAAAGUACGUAAGUAAUAAUAUACAUAUGAAUGCAAAUAAUAGAGGGGGAAACAGUCACCCCCUUUCCCAUAUAAAUAACAGUAAUGGAGUGGAAGAAAAUCAACCUAGUGAUCAUACCAAUCAUAGAGAAGUUGGAGGAGGGGAAGGUACGAUUUUAAGUUCUACUGUGCAGGGCUAUAAAAACGAAAAAGGUGAAGGAUUGUACUUAGAUAGUAAAGAAAAGCAAAAACAAGUGAGCAAACCGAAAUGA